GUUGAUUUCACACGUUCAGGCACGAUUUUCGUUCUUUUUCAAUAAACCUGCAAAGAAAGCAGACGUCAAAAUGUCUCAUCGUAAAUUCUCUGCACCUCGUCAUGGUUCUAUGGCUUUCUACCCAAAAAAGCGUGCUCAACGCCAUCGUGGUAAAGUAAAGGCAUUCCCAAAAGAUGAUGCUUCAAAGCCAGUCCAUUUAACAUGCUUUAUUUCAUACAAAGCUGGUAUGACACACGUUGUACGUGAAGCUGAUCGUCCUGGAUCAAAGAUCAACAAGAAGGAAGUUGUUGAAGCUGUUACAAUCCUUGAAACACCACCAAUUGUCGUUGUUGGAGCUGUUGGUUAUAUCGAAACUCCCCAUGGUCCACGUGCUUUAUGCAAUGUUUGGGCUCAGCAUUUGUCUGAAGAAUGCCGUCGUCGUUUCUACAAGAACUGGUAUUCAAGCAAAAAGAAGGCUUUCACAAAGGCCAGCAAGAAAUGGACAGACGAUUUGGGCAAGAAGACAAUUGAAGAUAACUUCAAGAAAAUGAUUCGUUACUGCAAAUUCGUUCGUGUCAUUGUCCAUUCUCAAAUCCGUUUGAUCAAGCAAGGUCAAAAGAAGGCUCACAUCAUGGAAAUCCAAUUGAAUGGAGGAACCAUUGAAGACAAAGUCAACUGGGUCAAGGAACAUUUAGAAAAGACAAUUCCAGUCUCAAAUGUCUUUGGACAAGACGAAAUGAUUGAUUGCAUUGCCGUCACAAAGGGUAAAGGUUUCAAGGGUGUCACUAGCCGUUGGCACACAAAGAAAUUGCCUCGUAAGACGCACAAAGGUUUACGUAAGGUUGCUUGUAUUGGAGCUUGGCAUCCAAGUCGUGUAGCCUUUACUGUAGCUCGUGCUGGUCAGAAAGGUUAUCAUCAUCGUACUGAAAUCAACAAGAAAAUCUACCGUAUUGGUGCUGGAAUCCAUACAAAGGACGGAAAGGUCGUUAAGAACAACGCAGCAACUGAAUAUGAUGUCACUGACAAGUCAGUCACUCCAAUUGGUGGUUUCCCAUUCUAUGGUGAAGUAAGAAACGACUUUGUCAUGCUUAAGGGAAGCUGUGCCGGUGCCAAGAAGCGCGUCAUUACAUUGAGAAAGUCAUUGUUGGUCCAUACAUCUCGUAUUUCCAAUGAAUCUAUCAAUCUUAAGUUCAUCGAUACUAGCUCCAAAAUGGGUCAUGGACGUUUCCAAACAUCUGCCGACAAGUCCCAAUUCAUGGGUGUUCUUAAGAAGGAUCGUCUUCGUGAAGAAAAGGCCACACUUGCUGCAAAUGCUGCAAAGAAGUAAACUGAACCAGAAAACUGAAAAUAUGUUAAAUAAAAGGAUUUUUCGUAGUCUAUUGUCAUCUGAAAUAUACGAAAAUGAUUAAAAUAAAGGAUUAAAGCUUCAAUUCCUUAAAA